AUGUAUUCCUCAAAGCUCUAUACUACUCUUGUCUUAGUUUCUUUAAGCCUAUUUUUCCACCAAACAUCAUUUGGAGACCCUCUUUUCUAUUUCUGUUCAAAGUCUGGGAACUUCACGGCUAAUAGUCCCUAUGAAACACAGUUGAAAACACUCGUCAUCAAGCUCAUUUACAAGACCUAUUCAACAGGGUUUGCAAUGAGCUCAGUGGGCUAUAACGUAAACUCAAAGCCAUACGGACUUGCUCUUUGUCGUGGCGAUGUGUCAUCCUCAGAAUGCAAAACUUGUGUCGAUGAUGCAACCGAAGCGAUCCUUAGUCGUUGUCCAUACAACAAAGGUGGCAUCAUAUGGUACGACAACUGCAUGUUCAAGUACUCAGACACCGAAUUUUUUGGUACCAUUGAUAACACAAACAUAUUUUAUAUGUGGAACAGGAACCGCGUGACGGAUCCAACAACAUUUAACUUAAAGACAAUAGAAUUUCUUAGCGAGAUUUCUAAGAAAGCUUGGGUGAACAAUCCUAAGUUGUAUGCAAGUGGAGAACAAAAGCUUGAGAACUCAGACACACUCUAUGGGAUGGCUCAGUGCACCAGAGACCUAUCUAGCUAUGACUGCAAGAAGUGUCUUGCUGAUGCAAUUAACGACUUUCCGCAUUGUUGUGCUGGACAAAAGGGAGCCAGACUUGUAGGUGGGAGCUGUAACUUCAGAUAUGAGUUAUACCCCUUUCUCAAACAAUAA